AUGAUCGGCCGUCUCCCAGCCAUUGUAAUUGAUAAUGGCACAGGAUACUCUAAAAUAGGUUAUGCUGGGAACACAGAACCUCAGUCAAUCAUUCCUUCUUGCAUUGCCGUAAAGGAAUACAGUAAAGUUGGCACCAGAGAAGUUAGACGACUUGGAACUGGUUUAGAUGAUUUAAAUUUCUUCAUCGGAGAUGAAGCACUCGCUCUCGAGGGAAAAAAUGACUUCUCAGUGAAGUGGCCUAUUCGUCAUGGUAUUAUUGAAGAUUGGGACUUAAUGCAACGUUACAUGGAACAGCUUAUUUUCAAACUACUUCGAGCAGAGCCUGAAGAUCAUUAUUUUCUUUUGACAGAACCACCAUUGAAUACACCAGAAAAUCGUGAAUACUUAGCUGAAAUCAUGUUUGAAACGUUUAACAUUCCUGGUCUUUAUAUCGCUGUACAGGCUGUAUUAGCAUUGUCAGCUUCAUGGUGUUCUAAUCGAACUGGCAGUCGUUCACUUACUGGAACGGUUAUCGAUUCAGGUGACGGUGUUACUCAUGUGAUUCCUGUAGUCGACGGUUAUGUCAUUGGAUCUUGUAUUAAACAUAUACCAAUAGCUGGACGUGACAUUACUUCUUUCAUUCAACACCUGCUUAGAGAACGUGAAAAUAACAUCCCACCAGAACUGAGCAUGGAGGUCGCUAAACAAAUUAAAGAACGUUAUUCAUAUGUUUGUCCUGAUUUACCUAAAGAAUUUGCUAAAUAUGAUAGUGAACCAGAUAAAUGGAUUAAACCACAUAUUGUAUCUAAAUCAGCUAAAUAUCCAUCAUUUUCUGUUGAUGUCGGUUAUGAACGUUUCUUAGGUCCAGAAAUAUUUUUUCAACCUGAAUUUGUCAAUCCAGACUUUACAACUUCAUUAAGUGAUGUAGUCGAUGAAGUAAUUCAAAAAUCACCAAUUGAUUCACGUCGUGGACUUUAUGGUAACAUUGUUUUAUCAGGAGGCAGUUCAAUGUUCAAACAUCUUGAUCGUCGUUUACAACGAGAUAUUAAACGAAAUGUUGAUAAUCGUUUAAAAUUAACAGAAGAACUUACUGGUGGACGAGUUAAGCCGAAAUCUAUUGAUGUUAAAGUAGUUUCACAUCCUAUGCAACGUUAUGCUGUUUGGUUUGGUGGAUCAGUACUUGCUAAUGAGAGUGAAUUUUAUAAUGUAUGCCAUACUAAAGCUCAAUAUGAAGAAAUUGGUCCAGCAAUAUGCCGUCAUAAUCCUGUAUUUGGUACAAUGACUUAA